GUCUAUGGUCUGUAGUUGUGACAUAACAGUUAACCUCAAUUUAUAAAAGAUAUAAAAAAAUUUUGAAAAUGGGCUCUCAGGUCUUAUUAAGCAGAGUAUUAGUUAGAAGAUUCAUUAAUAUCAAUAAUAAAAGGUUAGUGUCCGUAUCAUCGAAAAAAAAUGAUACGGUUGCAGUAGACGAGUGCAAGACAGUACCUAAACCUAACAAGAAUUGGAUAAGCUUCGGAUAUUAUGAUAAAGACAAGAGCAAAGACAGAUUUUAUGGUCAUAUGUCCUUUUUCACUUGUGUUACCCUUGCUUUGACGUUGGGAACCUUUUAUUUUGCGUAUGUACCUGACCAUACGUACAAGGAUUGGGCACAAAGAGAGGCCUACAUUGAACUUGCCAGAAGGGAAAAGAACGGACUUCCUUUAAUAGAUCCAAACUUGAUUAGCGUCGAUAAAAUUCAACUGCCUUCUGACGAAGAACUAGGUGAAACUGAGAUUAUAAUCUAAAAUAGCUAUGAACUCUUAUGAGGGAUGAAAAGUGUCAUAUGUUUGCAAUGAUAUCUUGCAUCCAAAUGUAUAGCUAAAUACGUUUGUUUUCUAUUAGAAAAGUAUAAAGUUCUGUUGUAAUUUUGGGUUGUCCACCCCUCUUUCAGAUUGGUAAUGAUAGUGUAUCAAUAAAUUGUUUUCUGCCUUUGA